UUCGCAAAAUAAAGGGGUGGCAGGUUGACUUACCAUGAAAUUAUUAUGCAAUGUAUGGCCGAAACUGAAUGCCAUAUAAUAUAUAGUAAACAAUCAUAUUCAUUUGUUAUUAUUGUUUCGUCGACUGGCGUUUGAAGUGAGACCACACACUCCCAUGUAAAGGAUACAUCUUAUAAGUAGGGGAGACAGGUUAAUUUUUCUGACGCAAAGACUUCUGGGAUUUAUUUUCAAAAUGGCGAUUGGAAAAAAGUGAGAUGAAUGCUGUGAUAUAGCUAAUACUUGAGGAGACAGACUGAAAUAAGUUGAUUAUGGAUACGUGUAAGCAUGUAGAUCGUCUCAACCCUGCUAAUGACCACUCUAUUCUGAACCCACAGAAGUGGAUGUGUGCAGAUUGCGCUACAACUGAAUCUGUAUGGGCCUGUUUGAACUGUGCCAAUGUGGCAUGUGGGCGUUACAAUGAGUCCCAUGCUCUGAAACACUACAAAGAGACAAAGCACCCUCUUGCUUUGGAAGUGAAUGAGAAAUAUGUCUACUGUUACGAAUGUGAUGACUAUGUGAUGAAUGAUAAUGCAAGUGGCGACCUGAAACUGCUUCGUACAACGCUACAGGCCAUCGCCACACAAUCUUUCACAGAUAUAGAGUCACGAGGCAAACGCUUUCUCAGAUCUCAUUCUUUCUCAGGAUAUGAAGCCAAAUCAGCUGCUGCACUUCGGGAACAGGAUCGGAAGUACACAGCACUACGCCACAGGAGAAUCAUGCUGCUGACAAAGUGUUUUGAGGCUUGGCGCGGUGUAACUAAGAAACUAGCCCGCACACCUGAUCAGACCCCAGAGAAAACCCGCUCAAGACUCCACAGACGAGUCAGGACAUCAACUGCUUCUCCAGUGUCUACACCCCCCAAAAAGAAAUGGACAUUAACUCCAGGGAUCACCGGUCUGAGAAAUCUAGGAAACACAUGUUAUAUGAACUCAAUACUUCAACUUCUCAGUAAUCUUGCACAGUUCAAAGAGUACUUCCAUAACCUCCAUGAACAUACAGACCCUACAGACAGCAACAUGCAGAACCCACAACCUAACAACAAAUACAUGAGACAGACAACUAUAGAGUGCUUUCAGCAUGUUACCAGUACAUGUACAAACAGGGAUAAUGUCAAAGGUGGGCUUAAUGGUGGGGGAUCAUCUCAAAGUGCUUCAAAUCACCAAAAACCACCCAGCAAUUUAAAAUCAGGAAAUGUGUAUUUAUGUCAGGAACUCCAUGCAUUAAUCAGAGUCAUGUGGUCUGGCAAGUGGGCCAUAGUUAGUCCCCAUGCUAUGUUAAAUGCAGUAUGGACUGUUAUACCUUUCUUCAAGGGCUAUGCUCAACAAGAUGCACAGGAAUUCCUCUGUGAACUACUUGACAAGGUCGAUAGUGAGUUAGACAGAUGUUAUAGGGACCACAGUAAACCUGUACAUAUACCAGCAUCAAAUAUCAUUGCACAGACAUUCCAAGGGCAGCUAGUUAGUGAAGUCAUAUGUCAGGCAUGUCUGAACACAUCUAAGACAUAUGAACCAUUCAUGGACCUGUCAUUAGAGUUCCCAGAUAGAUACCAUCAAACAGAGAAGAAAUAUAAGGAAGAGGAAACUAUGGAGCCAUGUCACCUUACAGAAAUGUUGUCCAAGUUCACUGAGACUGAAACUCUAGAUGGGGAGAUCUAUGCCUGUGAGAAAUGCAACAAUAAACGUAGAAAGACUAGCUCAACUUCAGAUACUAUCACUCUCUCUCAUGCCAACAAACAACUCAGGAUCAACAAACUACCUAAAGUACUCAGGUUACAUCUUAAAAGAUUCAGGUGGUUGGGUAGGAACAACAGAGAAAAGAUCAAUAUCCAUGUUAACUUUGAAGAGUUGUUAGAUAUGACUCCUUACUGUCACCCAGACCAGCCCAAUGACAGCUACCUCUAUCAAUUAUCAUCUGUCAUCAUGCACCACGGACGAGGCUUUGGUUCUGGACAUUAUACUGCUUAUGUCUUCAAUGAAGAAACAGAAUCAUUUUACCACUGUAAUGAUGCCAACCUGUGCCCCUGUCCCCUGCCAGAUGUACUUAAGGCCCAGGGAUAUAUCCUGGUAUAUACACAGCUGCAACAACCAGAUACUGAACUGUCAUUUCCUUAUACAGACAUCAUCGAAGAAGUAGAUAAGGAGGUGUCUUUCAACUUUAAAAAUAGCGAUGCAUCCCUUGUAUUGCGUAAAAGGCGAGAACUUUGCGAUGGAAAUGCUGAAUCUCUCAAAGUAUCAAAGCGACGUCGGACUUGUACUUGGUGAUGAUUGAGAUUUAAUGUCAGAUUCACAGUUAUAUAUUUGAUCAGAUAUCUCACUUCUUAUAUCAGGAACUAAUAUUAUGAUAGCAAGGAGGGGAUUUGCAUGAUCUUUGAAAAGAUUGCUUCAAGCAUUUCUUAGCGUGGAUGAAAAGUGAGACCUGUAUAUGUAGGUGUAUUUAACUCUAGUCAACUUAUAAAGUAUAUUGAAGACCAGAACACAGAACGUAGAUUUUCAAAGGAACCAGGAUGAUGACUUACUCCUGAUGUAGGCUCAAGUUCAACAGCCGAAUAUCUAAAUCAAUUAUUUCGUGUAAAAUGGCUCAUGUAAAUGAUUUAUAUACAUUAAUUACAUGUAUUUAUAACAUCAAGUAUGUUCGAUGAACAAUAAAUUGCUGUGUGAGUAAUGGAUUGUUUUAGUGACAAAGUUUUAGAGCUCACUUUAACAAUUGGUUUACUGUGCUGGUACAUAGGCACAUUAGAGAGGUUUUUCCACAAAGUUUGAACCCAACAUAUCUAAAAUCUGUAAAGCAUUCAGCAGAUUUAUGCAUAGUAGUUCAAUUAAAACAAGAUAUGGUUACGGGUGCAUUUAAGCUAUAUCCUGUUGUGCGAAACCUCUAUUAUAUCCUAACUCUGUCCAUCCUUUUUGCCAAAUAUUUAUUAGAAGAGAUAUGCAUGAUUUUAUGUUUAACCCUUUCACGACGAUA